AAUAGCCUGCAAGAUAUGCUAUGCAUGUUGCAAGAGCUGCAGAAGCGGAAGGCAGCCAAGACGUCAACGCGGUCUGUAGCCUUCCAAAACCAAAAGAAGGCUAUAUAUGCGGACGCUAGGAAGAAUGCAGCCGCUAUGGUCGAGGAAGGGGUCUCCUACAUCGAGCAGUGCAGAGAGCAGCUGAAGGGACUAAAGGCCCAGGAAUCAUCUUACGAGAAAGUCUUUCCAGAUCUGAUGCAGACGUGGAAAGCCCACGACGAAACCGUCCGCGCCUUGCUGGCACUGUAUGCACCCUUCUUUGAAGACCUCUCAGAGCGGCGCUCCGAGGAGAUCAACACCGCUAGUUCCAUGUGUGAGUGCCAUGCAUUCUUAAACGAGUGUUGA